AUGAGUUCCAAACCUACAGAGGAAUGGCAGCCUGUGCCUUUGUCACUUGCCCCAUCAAUCGCAGCAUAUAAUUUAUGGACGCAAGAUACAUUACCAAUCGAGAUUGACCAAGCAACUCAUCGACUCAAUCUUCUCAACUCUUUUCGUAUCCCUCCUGCGUCCAAUAUCUUGGAAAUAGGCUGUGGACAAGGAACAUGCACUGUAGUUCUUGGAGCUGCCAUGGGGCCAGCGGGUCACGUUGACGCUAUCGACCCCGCGUCGCUUAAUUAUGGUGCCCCAUACACCCUGGGUCAAGCACAGGAACAUAUCACGAAGGGUGAAUUGGGUAGCCGUAUCACAUUUUGGCAGCGAAAACUUGAAGACUUCCUACAAGAAACAAGUGAUAAGAAGUGGGACUGUGCUGUUUUGGUGCAUUGUAUAUGGUAUCUCGACAGUGAAGAGACUCUCCGACAGAUGCUCCAAGCUCUAAAGGGCCGAGUAGGAAAACUAUGCAUCGCCGAGUACUCGAUGCAAGCUUCUGAGACAGCUGCCGUCCCUCAUGUCCUUGCAGCCCUCGCCCAAGCCACACUAGCUGCUCAUCACCCAGAAAGCGAAGCCAAUAUUCGUUGUCUCCUUACUCCACCAGACAUUAAACGCAUUGCCGAACAGGUGGGGUGGAAGGUAGAAGAAGAGACAACAAUUACCCCCAACGAGAAGCUACAAGAUGGUAUGUGGGAGGUUGGUGGAGUCAAAAGUCGGGAGUUCCUCGAUGAUGUGGACAAAUAUGUUAAAGACCGCAAGGUCGUGACUCUUAUCCGGAGUCAGAGAGAAGCGGUAUUGAGAGCCGAUGAAAAGCUACGUGGUAGCAAGUCCAGAACCAUGGAUGUCUGGGUGGCCACACUUGUGUAA